UGAACACAUGCAAUCAGAGGGUCCAACUUUCUUUUUCUUCCCAGCAAGAGGAAUGCGGCCAAGCCCAGAUGGACAUGCCUCGUCUGUUGAUACCCUCAGUCCCAGUCUAGGUCCCCAUCCGAGUCCCAACCUGGCCUCGCACGACCGGACAGACAAGACCCCUCCAUCUCUCAACUACAACAACCAACCCCCACCCACCUCCGACCCGUAACCCUCGACACUGUCCUCAACAUCGGCUUCGGCCUCUUCUCAGCCAGCCAUGUCGCGUGCACAACAGCCCUCGAUCCUCUCCUUCUUCCAGCCCAACAACAAGCAGCAGCCGCCAAAGUAUGCUGCCCCGCCAGUAUCACAAGCCCAGCAACACCAGCCGCCGCCGCCGCCGCCACAACAACAAGUUCCUCCUCCAGCUCCUCCGCCGCCGCCUCCACAGCAGCCCGCCGCCCCCGUGAUUUCAGCCUCGCCAGUCACCGUCCUGCCCGCCUCGACGCCGUGCCCACAUCCCUCCGCGACCAUUGUCCCAGUGACGGACGCCCACAUCCCCGCCUUGCGCCGCAUAAACGCACUGCUCCUACCCGUCAGCUACACCGACAGCUUCUACAAGGCCAUCCUAGACCCGGCGCAGUCAGGUCUCUUCAGCCGCGCCAUCCUCUUCCGUGACGGCGACGCCUCCUCGACACCAAAGGUAGUAGGCGGCCUGGUCUGCCGCCUGGAACCCAGCCCCUUCGACCCGUCCAGCGGCGCCUACUCGCCCGACCUCGCCCGCCGCGCCCGUGAGCGUGUGAGCCCCCCAGACUCCCGUGUCCUCUACGUCCAGAGCCUCGGCGUCCUCGCUCCCUACCGCGGCCUGGGGCUUGCCGCAGCCGCAGUCGAGGGCAUAUUCGACGCCCUGCGCGCGGUGGCCGCCGACGCCCGCGGCAGCGGGCUCAACAUUGGCUGGGUCUACGCCCACGUCUGGACCGAGAACCACGACGCGCUCGCGUGGUACGCGAGGAGGGGCUUCGAGAGGGACUCCAGGCUCGAGAACUACUAUUUCAAGCUGCAGCCGGGUAGCGCCUGGGUCAUGAAGCGGCGGGUGUUGCCUCCAGGGGUGACGGGGGAGGGAGAGUGUUGUGCUGGAGACAUGCGCAAUUGGGCCGCCACAAAUGGCCAUCCAGCCCAGCAGCCCUCCGCCAUUCCAGCGACCGUCACCGCUGCGGUGGUGAAUCUGCCUGGGUUUUCUAACGCGGGCGGUAUGGCGGCACCACCACCGCCGUCGGCUGCGAACGGCCCGCCGCCAGCAGCCCGUCCCGGCCCCCCAGGAUCAUCCCUAUCCUUCCAGAACAAGCGGCCGGACAUGGAGUGGAACGACCUGCCAGAGGACAUGGUCGCCGCGUCUCGGACGACCUCCCGGACCAAGGACCUCCUCUCUCCACCGACAGGAUCGGGUUCCAGCUCCAGGAGCAGUUCAGCGGCUGGGCGCAAGAAGAAGGACAGGGCGUACCCGACGGCCGCGUUCGGGAACUGAUCUCGCCUAGCAGACGGGCUCGCAUUUUCAAGAGAAUGGAAGGUUUUGGACUUCAGGGUAAAGAAGACGGCGUUUUUUUGGCGGAAGGGCAGAGUCGGCUGAUUAAAGGCACCACAUGAGGAUUGCCUCGGGGAUAUACGGAAGGUGUUGUGAUUUCAAGAUCUGUCCGAUCAAGCAUGUCUGGGGUACUGCGGAAGGACUCUGCUGGUAGAGGUAUUAUAGACACUAUGAGUGCAUUACAUGUGCGCCCAUUACAGCCAUGAGGAAAGAGCAUGUUUUUAAUAAAAACAAUAUAAUAAUAGAGUUAUUACUU